AUGGAUCUCGGCGAAUUUGCAGAAUCGCAAAAGCAGAGCUUUGUAUAUACUCCAAAAUUUCGUAAGGACGGUAUUGACAAAUUCGAUCAUGGAUCAUCGCCAGUACCAUUUGUGAAGUUGUUCGAGGGCAAAGAAUCGGACGAGAGUGUUCUAUCCCGAUGGAUGCUAUAUAACAAACUUCAUGCAGAUUUCCAUGCUACUGUCGACGAUAUUCUUGCAUCUAUUGACAAGGAAGUGGUAUCCAGCAUUUCGAACACGAUUCAAGAACUCAUUGAGCCGGCUUCAACAAGGGCAAAAUCAUAUGCCCAGACCAAACAAUUCAAGACGUUGAUUCUACUGGGUUCCGACGUGGACACUAAUAUCGAGCUUCCAGAGGAUACACCAGACUAUUACAAUGUUUUCGUUGACCUGGAGCCAAAGGAUGCACCCAAUGUACGAUUGUUGCUAAAAAGAGUGAUCUUCAAAAUGUUAGAAGCUAUGGAAUUAAAAUUACAAGAGCAAGCCAAUGCCAGUGGAACAGAUGAUACCGGGAUCGAAUAUGAUGAGGAUGUGGCAAGGAGUUUGAGGUUAUACGAUAUGCUGGUGUUUGAGAUGUUCCAACCUACGUUCAAACGGAAGCUGAACUUGAUCAUCAAUUUCAAAGAAACAGAAACGUUCUUCAUGAACGUUUUCCAGGAAUUCAUCGACCUAAUGAAAUCUACGCUCAAUAUUGACGGUAUGCAAGUGUGUUUCAUAUUUAACUUGGCUACUAAUGUUGAGAAAUUCGAGAACAAUUUGGAUCAAUCCACCGUCAGAGCUAUAAGCUCCGAGGUAAGAACUGUGGACUUAUCGAAUACAAAGGGUUAUAAAUACUCUAACAUGAUAUUUCAGUCUUUUUUGGAUUGUGUUGACCGGAAACUGAAUUUGUCACCGAAGUUUGUGAAAUUUAUUCUAGACAAAAUGGAUAAUAACACCAACCAGAAUCUACAAUUGCUACUUAAAAUAUUAGACUAUUCUCUCAUGGCAUACUUCUUCAAUAACCCCUACUCAAUUUUCAUCGACGUUGCAAAUAUUUCUUUUCUAGACUCCAAGUACUUGGAUAGGUUGACUAAAUGCCAAACUUUCCUAGACUUUGUUGAGAAUAUGGUCAAUUCUAAAGCCGAUGCAGAAGAUAUUUUAUCUCUAUUGAGCAAUGAGAACAAUGCCUUAGAGGAGUUUUUCGUAGAUUUCCUGGUGGCAGAAAACCCCAUCAACGAUAAACUCCAUCAAAUCAUUGACAUCUUAGAAAACAAAUUACAUAUUUAUGAUUACAACCUAAUUGACUUAUAUUACCACAUGUUGAAUAAUAGGUUGAUUGAUUACUUGGAGAAGUGGGAAAGCUGUAAAGAGUACAAAGACGAAUUCGACUUUGAAAAUAUUCAAAUUGUAUUCCAAGAACUUUUCACUCUGGAUAAUAAUAACGGUUUGUUAUCUCAGGGGCUCUUUCCAUUCUUUAGAACUAAUUUGGAAGAUAAUCUAUUGAACUGUGAGAGAGUAUUGCCAAGAACUAAAGCUAUACAAAUGAUGAGCAACUCCAAAAUUGAGUUUACUGAUUUGGAAGUUAAACUUAACGAAUUAAUAACCCCUAUUAUAUCUCAAGUGUUUGCUCUUUAUCGUGAAGCAAGUUUCUUUAUCAAUGUGUAUGACUUCUUCACAGCUUUUAAAGAAUCUCUGCCAAAGGCUGAAAUCUAUGAACUCUUGAAAACUGCGCUUGCUUCAGAAGAAGUACAAACAUCUGUCAAAUCCAAGUCUCAAAAAAUAUUAGAACAACUAAGUGAAGAAGAAUUUAUGGAUAGACUUGCCUUGGUUUGGUUCAUUAAAGGGCUAACAGAAUGCCAAUAUCUAGGUAUACUAAAGACACAAAGGUAUAAGACAUAUGAGGUUGUUGAGAAGAUUAUUUGGAGAGGUAUAUGA